AUGGCCGACUUCUCGUUUCUCUCUGACAGUGAUGAGUCCGCAGUUGAGAACAUAAUUUCUCAAGCAAAGGACCUCGUUGUUCUCGAACAAGUCUCAGCCAUCAACUGCUCUGGUAUUUCAGACUCUGUUUUGCCCACCGAGCUCGAGACCAGGUUCCGCAAGCUCAAAUCGUUUCCGGGAGCGAAGCCCAAGCUCAAAACACAAAACCCAUCUUCCAAUCCAGAAAAGAGGCACUCACCUCCAAGUUCAAAUCGAUGCAAGAGGGAACCCACGUCGCCCUCAGAUGAAAAGAGUGAUCAUAAUCUCCAGUCUCAGUCUCCUCCUCACGACUCAUCCAAGUUCGAUGCCGGAAAGGAGUUGAAGAGCUCAAGCGAAGAUCAAAAAUUCCCAAGUCCGCUUCCUGGUCAGGAAGAUGUGAUUGCUACUCCUGUAAAAUCGAAAGAUAGAAAGGAUUCAAACCCCAGAUUAAGAACUACUGGGUAUGUUUCUUCUCCUUCAUCUUCAUCCGAUUCGUCACUGGAAGCUUCUUCACCGCCUCGACAAACCUGCUGCUUUUGGUAUUCCCCGAAAAGGGUACCCAGGAAAAAGGGAAAGGAGAACCGGGUGACAGGUCUCAGUAUUGACACUCCAGAAUGGGAAAAGAAUGACCAGGACUUAACUAAGUCUUCUCUGAAACACCAGAGGAGGAAGCUAAAGAAGGCAUUAGGAGAGGAAGAAGAGAUAAACAGAGAAGUUGAAAAGGUCUUGAGAUGGGCAAAGCAGGCUUCAGCUAGAAUGGAGGUUUCUACUGUUGAAGAUUUAUUGAGUGACGAUGAAAUAUUUAAGUGA